UGAGAGGUCUCUCUGAAAGGCCGAAACAUUGCAUUGAUAGUUUUGCUUGAACUCGCUGCGCGUUAGCACUGCACUAGACGGGUAUCAUGUUGCAUGCUUUAGUGGAAAUUCCUCAAACGGAAUGGCCUGAGUUGCGUGAUCUUUACGAGGGACAAAAGAAAUUUACUUGCGCUUAUAAUACAAUUCAGUGUUUAAUUGAAUGGAAGACGCAAAAUGAAGAGCUCGAUAUUAAAAUACAUUCCUUGGAUGGAGACUGGCGAAGGGACGGUACUUAUGUAGCCAUUCACACAAAGCCAUACAACCAAGUUUUCAUCAAUACACUAAGCGAAAAUCAGGAACGUUUGCUAACUGCGCUUAAGAUGCUGAAUAACAAAGGGAAUCUGAAUAUAUUUGCCUAUCCCGAACGGCUGAUACCCACUGUGGAAAAAUUCGUUUUAGCUGAAGGUUUGAAAAAGGAGAAUUUUCUUGCAGACGGCACUGCCUGGUAUCAUAUCGACAUGGAGAAGGCAAAACAACUGCCUGUGCAUGUACCUGAAGGUUUCACUUUACGUCGCUUAGAAACGAAACAUGCCGAACAAGUGAACAGUGUUUGGCCACAUCGGGGGCCUGGUACAGUAAUUUUUGUGGAACGCAUGAUUGCUUACAAUGACAGCGUUGGAGUUUUCGAUAGCGCAGGCAAUUUAGUUGCCUGGUCUUUGAGAUUACCAAUUGGUGCUUUGGGUUUAGUGCAAGUAGUCGAUACCCAUAAACGUUUGGGGCUAGGCAGUUUGGUUGUUAGCGAAAUAUCCAAAUUGAUUGCGUCGAAAGGGCUUGAAGUUACCGCCCCUGUCAUAUUUGAGAAUGCGGCGUCACGUUCCAUGUUCGAGAAGUUGGGUUUUAAGCCAAUUGAUAACGUUUAUUGGACGCCAGUACCAGAGCGGACUUAGUUUUUUUUCAGUAUUUAAUGUGAAUGUACUUAUAUUUUUGUUCAUACAUUCAUACAUGUGUGUCAAAGUUU